GCAAAGAAACCAAGGUCCAUAGUUGAUGUUGGAUGUGGGAUAGGAGGCAGUUCUAGGUACCUUGCAAAGAAAUAUGGCGCUACAGCUCAAGGCAUCACGUUGAGUCCUGUACAAGCCGAGAGGGCUCAAGCUCUUGCUGCUGCUCAAGGAUUAGGCGAUAAGGCUUCUUUUCAAGUUGCAGACGCCUUGAAUCAGCCAUUUCCAGAUGGGCAAUUUGACUUGGUUUGGUCCAUGGAGAGUGGAGAACACAUGCCGGACAAACAAAAGUUUGUUGGCGAAUUAGCUCGAGUGGCUGCACCAGGAGGCACAAUCAUACUUGUGACAUGGUGCCACAGGGAUCUUUCCCCUUCAGAGGAAUCUCUGCUUCCAGAGGAGAAAGAGUUGUUAAAUAAGAUAUGUAAAUCCUUCUAUCUUCCUGCAUGGUGUUCCACUGCUGAUUAUGUGAAGUUACUUCAAUCUAACUCUCUUCGGGAUAUCAAGGCAGCAGAUUGGUCUGAGAAUGUCGCUCCAUUUUGGCCAGCAGUUAUAAAAUCUGCACUGACAUGGAAGGGCUUCACAUCAAUCCUACGCAGUGGAUGGAAGACAAUCAAAGCUGCACUUGCAAUGCCACUGAUGAUUGAAGGAUACAAGAAGGGUCUGAUCAAAUUUGCCAUCAUCACAUGUCGUAAACCUGAAUAAUUCUUUGCUGUUAAUGAACUUUGAUGGAUCUUGGAAGAAUAAUUAAACUAUCUGUUAGGCACAGGAAGUGCAACAUUUGAGUGAACUACAUAUUGCAAGAUGAAGAAAUUACUUUGACUUAGGCUUCAAGAUGGACUAUAUAGCCUAAGCAACUGGAGUAACCAAAGACAUUUUCAGGGGACUACACUAGCUCUAAUAAUCCAGUAACAGAUUGGGAGUAUGAUUACAGUAUUUAGUUGGAUGACACCUUAUCUCUCUAGGACCUAUUAUAUUGUGAAAGUUCAAGACAUGUUGAGGAUCUAGGUAUUCGCGUACCAAAAUGUUCCUAACCUGGAAUUAGUAUUUUGAAUAAUCCCAAGAAUUAUUUAAUAAA